AUGGCAUUGCUGUUUGGGGCGCAGGGUCGACGGAGGAGCCGACAAUUCGACGGUGAGGGUUGUCAUGCCCUUUGUGGGGCGUCGAAGGAGCCUGUGGACAAGCGGUCCUACUUGCUAGGUAGCGACCUGUCUCCGGGGGCUUGGCAUCAAGGCGGUCAAGGGAAGAAUCACGGUCCUGCCUGGAACAUAAAGCCCAACCCAAUCAAUCGGACAGACAAAUCGAGAGCAGACAACGCCCUUCAUUGUCUCGACUACAAACCCGCACCUGUCAAAUCUUUGGACGGACUCCAAAAGUCCUUGAUCGCCCCUAGUCUUGACCAUUUCAAUGAUUGGGGUCACCAGUCCCGUCAUCGUCCGAGAGUCCGUCAUUGA